GCGAUCAGAAGAUUUGCUGGUAGAUGUGCAGCCUGAGCUGGUGCGAGGAGUGCCCAUGAGCAACAUCUUAAGACGCUUUGGGGUAGAAUGGAGACGGGGAAGCGAGCCAGGAUCCUUGUCGUGGAGGGCGGAACUUUCCAAGCAGACGCAGCGCUACAGUUUUUUCUUCAGUCAUGAUUGGGAAACAUCGGGGUGGACGAAAUACCUGUCACUGGUGAUUUACUUCAACAGCCGUGCAGCCGCAACAGCAACCUGCAUCAUGAGCCUGGCACUAGGUGUCCUCGGUGCGUGGACACCAGAUAUGCCGGAUGGAUGGAUUCUACCCAGGACUGCUUGGUGGACAGUGCUUGGGCAUGUGGUCGGAAUGAGUUUCCUGCUCUUCUGGCAACACCUGCGUGAACUUUUCUGGGGGAUCCGCUUUGGCUUUCUGGAUCGUUUGUGUAUACCUCAAGAUGACCCAGAGAAGAAAACCGAAUGCAUUUAUGCCCUGGCCUCCUUCCUGGACAAAGCCGACGAUCUCAUCGUGCUGUGGUCUCCGAGAUACUGUCGCCGAUUGUGGUGCAUGUACGAGAUUGCCUGCUUCCUGAUUAAGCGCAAGGACGCGAAUCGAAUCAAGUUCCUGCCCGUGCAAAUUUCCGUCAUAUGGAUCCUGACUUACUUUGCUGUGUCAACGACUUGGCUGUCCUUCCUGCUGGUCCAAAGGUUCGGGAACGAGCUCUUCGACUGGCACGAAACUAGCGGGAAGAUCAAUGUUGGGGCAAUGAUUGCAGUUCAGGUUGGGAUCCUGUAUCCGCCCCUGUUUUAUCUCCUGAACCAGAUGCUGUUCGACAUGGCCCAGUUGCCCGAACAGCUGCGAAGCUUCAAUAUCGAGACAGCCGAAUGCCUUUGCUGCUCUACGAAUCAUCGGCAAUCUGUGACUGGAGAGCAGAUCCAAUGUGACCGUGAGCUCAUCUAUGGCGUAUUGCAGUUGUGGUCUUUCGGCACUACUGUGUUGGAGGAAGGGAGUGAGCGGCGUAUCCAGGGUGUCUUCAAGAGCCACUUGGACAAGCACUUGCGAGAAUCAGUUGAGCAGGCCUUUACACACAGUGGGAUUCUCAUGCGCCCGUUGAUGUCCGCCGCUGCGAUCGGUUCCCUCCCCUUUUUGUGCGACUUCAUUGGCAAGGAGGGUGCCAGAGCCGUGCAAGUCUGGCCGCGUCCGAAUCCGAUCAACAACUUUGGCCUCGCUGUCUACAUGUUGUUUUGCAUGCCGAUCUUCCUGCGCAGUCUUCUGAUGCUAGGCAAAGCCAGCACUUCGUGGUGGAAUCGGUCUUGGUUCAGGUGCAUCUUUAUCGCUUGCCAAGCGAUGUCCUUGCUCCUCAUGAGCUUGCUUUUCAUCGUGGGCUAUCUUGUCUGCAUCGCAAUUAGCAGGGAAAAUUGGACGAGCAUGACAUCGCCCAUGGAUCCCCUGCCCAUGUACUUGCUCAGCUUGGUUGUCCUUUGCAGUGUGGCCGUCGGUCUUCGUCAUCUAUGCUCCUGCCGGAAGUCAGUCCUGAUCGGAGGCGCACCUUCUAAAGGGCGGAAGAAAGCUGCAUCACCCCAGGUGACAUUGGAGAUGUCUGAUGUCAAAGGCGAGAAUGUGGGGGAAGUGACGGCCACGUCCGAUGUGUCGGAAGAGUCAACUUUCGAAAUUUGA